GCACAGCAGCUUGCCGUAGAUUAAGGUCCUGAACGUCACACGUGCACUGUUAGCAGUCAUGGCAGACAUGCAGAUGAGACUUAUUCGGAAGAAAAUCACGAAAAGAAACGAAAAGAACAAAGAGCGGAAACAGAAGAAGAAACAAAGCGAAGAAGAAACCGUGACUUCCAAUGGGCUGGAGGAGGAACCUGACGUGGAACCUGCACAGAACACGGUCGAGGAGGAACCAGCAGGAGCAGAGGAGACUCCGCUGACGAAGCAGAAGAAGAAAAAGAAGAAAAGAAAGCCGACCGGUCCAGAAGAACCACCAGCUGAGAAGAAGAGCAAGACUGAGGGAGAGGAAGACGGGGCGCAGCUAAAUGACGAGUCCGUGGAGGAUGAAGAGGACGAAGAUGAUCAGCCUGAACUACCGACCGGUUUGACAGGAGCGUUCGAGGACACGUCGUUCAGCUCCCUCGCUGACCUGGUGAGUGAAAACACCCUGAAGGGCGUGAAGGAGAUGGGCUUCGAUCAGAUGACGGAGAUCCAACACAAAACCAUCCGACCCCUGCUGGAGGGGAGGGACAUCCUGGCAGCAGCUAAAACGGGAAGUGGUAAAACUUUAGCUUUUCUCAUCCCCUCCAUCGAGCUGAUCUACAAGCUGAAGUUCAUGCCGAGGAACGGAACCGGGGUGGUGAUUCUGUCUCCGACCCGGGAGCUGGCCAUGCAGACGUACGGCGUGAUGAAGGAGCUGAUGACUCACCACGUGCACACGUACGGGCUCGUCAUGGGCGGCAGCAACCGCUCGGCUGAGGCCCAAAAACUCGCCAAAGGGGUCAACAUCGUGGUGGCGACGCCGGGCCGCCUGCUGGACCACCUGCAGAACACCCCUGGAUUCAUGUACAAGAACCUGCAGUGUCUGAUCAUCGACGAGGCCGACCGGAUCUUAGAGGUGGGCUUCGAGGAGGAACUGAAACAGAUCAUCAAGCUGCUGCCGAAGAAGAGGCAGACGAUGCUGUUUUCAGCCACUCAGACCCGGCGGGUCGAGGACUUGGCUCGGAUUUCCCUGAAGAAGGAGCCGCUGUACGUCGGGGUGGACGACAACAAAGACCAAGCCACGGUGGACGGUCUGGAGCAGGGCUACGUGGUGUGUCCGUCAGAGAAACGCUUCCUGCUGCUCUUCACCUUCCUGAAGAAGAACCGCAAGAAGAAGCUGAUGGUCUUCUUCUCCUCCUGCAUGUCCGUCAAGUUCCACUACGAGCUGCUGAACUACAUCGACCUGCCCGUCAUGGCCAUCCACGGCAAACAGAAGCAGACCAAACGGACCACCACCUUCUUCCAGUUCUGCAACGCCGACUCGGGCAUCCUGCUGUGCACGGACGUGGCCGCCCGAGGGCUCGACAUCCCCGAGGUGGACUGGAUCGUCCAGUACGACCCGCCAGACGACCCGAAGGAGUACAUCCACAGAGUGGGUCGAACCGCCCGCGGCAUCGACGGCAGAGGCCACGCCCUCCUCAUCCUGCGACCAGAGGAGCUCGGCUUCCUGCGGUUCCUCAAACAGGCCAAGGUCCCUCUGAGCGAGUUCGAGUUCUCCUGGAGUAAAAUCUCCGACAUCCAGUCCCAGCUGGAGAAGCUGAUCGAGAAGAACUACUACCUGCACAAGUCUGCGCAGGAGGCCUACAAGUCCUACGUGAGGGCGUACGACUCGCACUCGCUCAAACAGAUCUACAGCGUCAACACGCUCAACCUCCCCAUGGUGGCGCUGUCCUUCGGCUUCAAAGUUCCUCCCUACGUGGACCUCAACGUUCACACCAGCAAAGGAGUGAAGAUGCAGAAACGCGGCGGCGGCGGGGGGUUCGGGUACCAGAAGUCCAACAACGUGAAGAAAUCUCGAAUCUUCAAACACGUGGACAAAGGAAGGAGCGACAAGAGGCAGUUCUCCCGCUGAAUGGAUUCACUUACACGAACUUCUAGCUUCAAGCGAACCGUUUCCUGCAUGACCUUUGACCUUUUGUACAUUGCGCUCCUCUUUGAUGCUUCCAGAUUAACCCAGAAAAUGUCUGAUAAAUUAUGUAACCAGGAUCUCGUGUUUUCACAGUUUUAUUAAACGAUUUAAGAUUCGAAACUCCAUCUGACGGAAACAUUUUCCCUUUUAAAAAAUUAAAAUCUCAACAAGUUGUUUUCAGUCGAGCUCCAUUAUCUCUAUUCAAAGACAUUUUUAUACAAAACUAGAGCCUGAAAUGAGUGUCGAGGGACCGACGUGCGAUUUAGUCCCAUCACUGAAUCUGUACAGUCAUUAUUUACAAUCGGAACAUUGUUCUGCUUCAGUCACAGCGUUAAACUACAAUCACACGUUUCUGAGGCUCAGCUCGGAGAAACCAUCAAACUUUAAUUUCCUUUGUUCUUUAGACGUUACAGACGUGUUUGGGAUCAAUUUAGAGUUUUCUAUUCCACAUUAAACAUUUAGGUCAAUGUUAAUUGACGAAGUAAGGAAGCCUGUCUGGUUCAUUUUUUUUAAACUACCAAUGGGAAGCUUGUUUCCACUUAAAUGGAUCCUCGUUUGUCAGUAAAAUAUUUCUGCGAGUUGAGCUUUUGAGUUUUGUUCGUUCUCUGCCAAACGUCUCGUUCUGCUGCUCUUUUGGUGCUUAUGGGUGAGUGGAGUCGGAAGCCAAAACAUUUAACAAACGAGCAUAAUGGCAUGUGGAAGAACCAUAUACAGCCUGGCUCUUUAUCCAUCUCUGUCACACUCAUUCUUCACAGCUAGUGGCCAUAAAGUUGCCUUACAACAAAAAAUAAUUUACCAAACUCGAUUUUUCUUCAAAUUAAAUCAAAA